AAGAGAGUGCGUCGAGAGAGAGCGAACGGCUCGCACAGCAGCAGCUCCUCAACACAAAGUUUCUCUCCGACCGACGAGCUGGACACAAGAAAAGAAAGAAAAAAAUUUUAUUUUUCGGUGUCGUCCGUACUUCCCCUUUUUUUCCCGCCCGUUGUCAGUUCCGUUCUCGUCGUUCGCUCUUCCGCACGUCUCGUCUUUUUAUUUUUCUUCUUUGUCUCUUGGGUUUCAUUGUCAUCAUCGACGUUGUGACCCUUGAAUUUUCUUCCUCUUCUGCAACAUACACGCAGGAAUUGCAAUGAUCGUUUGCCCGUCGCUUGAAUGAUCGGUGUCAUCGGCCGUUUUGACAACUUGCGAGCAUAAAAAUAUCGAUCGGGAGAACGAGGAGGAUAGAAGAACUGCGUGAGGUACGGAACACACGAGCUGGGGGAUAACACACACACACCCCCUCCAAAAAAAGAAGAAGUGGUGGGAGGGCAAGAAAAGGAAAGGGGGGAGCUUCAUAUCUAUGUGUGUGCGUGAGUGAGAGUUGGGUCAGAGAUUUGUGUUUAGCGUUGCGUGUUCCAGUGUGUUGGCCAAUGUCCGCCGGGUUGAUGUGUGUCUCGAGUGAGUGUGUGUAACUUGAACGAGUGUCGCUUGCCAGUGGCGAUUUCAUUUCGAACAAAUCCAGAGAUAAAUUGUGCGGUACGCACAGUCGGAUCCGGCAAUUAGUAAAGAAAAGCAUCGAAACAGAAAAUUAUCUCGUUUUCAUUAUCGGUUUUGAUUAUUUAAACGGAAAUUAAACGGUAGGAAUAAGAAUAAUGGCCGCGACGGUAGAUCGUUCGCGCUUCACUACUGAAAAAGUUGACAUCGAUCACGAUUGCCAAGCCAUCGCCGCUAAUUCUCAGGGUCUCAUUGGAGACGGUCACGAAGAGCAGCCUUUUGUUACCGACAAAAAGGAGAAUGACCUGAGCGGCUACGAGCGCAAUCUCUACCUCUACCAUGAGGAGAGCGAAGAAGGCCGUCCACGAGUUGCGACGCUGGUCAGCUCGUUGGCCAAUUACAGCGCCACCGUCCAGGCGCCCACCGAUCCGGAUGCACCGGACAAGCCAAAGAGCUCGCCCAAACUGGGCACACUGGCCGGUGUCUACUUCCCAUGCAUGCAAAACAUUUUCGGCGUUAUCCUAUUCAUUCGAAUGACGUGGAUCAUCGGAACGGCGGGCGUUGUCCAGGGAUUCUGCAUCAUCACCAUGUGCUGCACUUGCACCAUGUUGACAGCCAUUAGUAUGAGUGCCAUAGCAACUAACGGCGUUGUGCCGGCGGGGGGUCCGUACUUUAUGAUCUCCCGUAAUUUGGGUCCCGAAUUCGGCGGCGCAAUAGGCCUUUUGUUUUUCAUCGGAACCACAUUUGCCGCCUCAAUGUACAUCGUCGGUGGCAUCGAAAUUCUGGUGAAUUAUAUAGCGCCUCAAAUAGCUCUGUUCGGUGAUCCGGCCAAGGACCCGGAAGUUCUUUACAACAAUUUACGGCUCUAUGGCACGGCCUUAUUGGCCAUCAUGGGCAUUGUGGUGUUCAUCGGCGUCAAGCCCGUCAGCAAGGCUGCCCCACUGGUCUUACUCUGCGUCAUCCUCUCCAUCAUCUCCAUCUACGUUGGCAUCGGCCUCAACUGGAACGGUUCUGAUAAGCUGUGGAUGUGUUUGCUGGGCAAUCGAUUGCUAUCUCAAGAACAUUCUGGCAAUUGUACGAAAGAGGAAGGAUCGGCAUUAUGGAACCUCUACUGCAAAUAUCAAGACGAAUUGGUUGAAGGUGUCACAACUAUCGGUGCCAAUCUGACCAGCAGAGCGGUGAAAUGCGAUCCUUACUUCCUUUCGCACAACACCUCGCUCGUUCCAGGCAUCCGUGGAUUGGCCAGCGGAGUUUUCAUGGAAAAUCUUGGGGCAUGGCAUUUGGGAGAGGGGCAGGUAGUGGCACGAACCAUGAACCCAGUGGACAUUGAGACCCUGGACCAGCCAACUUACAAUCAGGUGUUAGCCGAUAUUUCCACAACGUUCACCUUAUUGGUUGGCAUUUACUUUCCUAGUGUCACCGGUAUCAUGGCCGGCUGCAACCGUUCGGGAGAUUUGGCCGAUGCCCAACGAUCAAUCCCCAUUGGAACCAUUGGUGCCAUUUUGACAACAAGUUUCGUCUACAUCAGCGCCGUUUUCUUAUUCGGGGCCUCUUUUGACGGCCUCCUCAUGAGAGACAAGUUUGGACAAAGUGUCGGAGGCAGUUUGGUGGUAGCCAAUUUAGCGUGGCCUAAUGAAUGGGUCAUUCUGAUCGGCAGUUUUAUGGCCACAACGGGAGCUGGCCUGCAAAGUCUUAUUUCGGCACCUCGGCUCCUUUAUGCCAUUUCCAAAGAUAAUUUGGUGCCCAUGCUUAACCCGUUCUCAACCCUAUCGGCUUCUGGCGAACCUACUCGUGCCCUCAUGCUCACUCUGGCCAUUUGCCAGUUUGGGGUCCUCCUGGGCAACGUCGAUAUUCUAGCACCGCUGCUCUCCAUGUUUUUCCUGAUGCUCUAUGGAUUCAUCAAUCUGGCGUGUGCCCUGCAGACGUUGUUGAGAACGCCCAAUUGGAGACCUCGAUUCAAAUACUAUCAUUGGUCGUUGUCUUUUAUUGGAGCUUCACUUUGCGUGGCUGUUAUGUUCAUGUCUAGUUGGAUCUACGCCCUCAUCGCCAUUGUUCUUGCCAGUAUCAUAUACAAGUACAUCGAAUAUCGCGGAGCCGAGAAGGAGUGGGGAGACGGAAUAAGCGGCCUGGCUCUCAGUGCGGCUCGAUUCAGUUUACUCCGACUGGAGGAGGGACCGCCCCACAUAAAAAAUUGGCGUCCACAGAUCCUGACUUUAUGCAAAAUGAAUGCCUAUCACACACCGAAACAACGCAAACUGUUGGCCCUCGCUUCGCAGUUGAAAGCUGGCAAGGGAUUGGCUGUCGCCUCUUCCAUCCUCCAAGGUGACAUCGCUUUGUGCACCGAAGAAGCAACGACUGCCAGGCAAAACUUGCGCAAAGCCAUGGAUGAUGAAAAAGUGAAAGGAUUUGCUAAUGUACUCGUUGCCAAGGAUGUUGGCCAAGGCAUCGUUCAUCUGAUCCAGUCGACCGGUUUGGGGGGAUUGAAACCAAACACGGUUAUCUUUGGAUGGCCAAACAGUUGGCGCCAGUCGAUAGAAGAGGAUCGAUCGUGGCGCGUCUUUGUCGACGCGAUUCACACCGCAGCGGCCAACAAGAUGGCGCUGAUUGUGCCCAAAGGAAUCGCUUCCUUCCCCGACUCCAACGAGAAGAUAUACGGCCACAUCGACGUUUGGUGGGUCGUUCAUGAUGGUGGUUUGCUGAUGUUGCUGCCCUUCUUGUUACGUCAGCAUCGCACGUGGCGUCACUGCAAGAUGCGUCUCUUCACGGUCGCCCAGCUCGAAGAUAAUUCCAUUCAAAUGAAGAAAGAUCUAAAGACAUCGCUUUACAACCUGCGUAUCGACGCCGAAGUUGAAGUCGUCGAAAUGAUGGAUAGUGACAUUUCAGCCUAUACUUACGAACGGACGCUGGUGAUGGAACAGCGCAAUCAGAUGCUGAAAGAGAUGCAAUUCAACAAAAGAGAUCCAUCUGGCGUGAGUGCUGAGGUCGGUGAGGUACAAGCCGUAGUGGAUCAGCACCGGCACAAUGUCAAGGUUCGAUUCCAAGAUGAAACAGCUGUACAACAUCAACCUGAGGCGGAAAGUGUUAAGGAAGUUAAAGUCGAACAGUUAGCUGAAUCAGCCGCAGCAGUGACUCCAUCUGGCGAUGCUUUACCAGCCGGGGAUAAUUCCGCCCAGAAAAAUACUGUCGUUAUUCCAACCGUUUCGGUUGAAGCUCCACCACCAAGUCCAACGUCUUCCGAACGAGUUGAACAGCAACAUCCCAUUCCGGUUGCUAAGAGCAAGAAAGAAACUCUACAAGAGCCGGAUGUGGAAAACGUCCGACGGAUGCAUACAGCCGUCAAGCUCAAUGAGGUCAUUAUGCAGAGAUCGCACGAUGCCAAACUAGUCGUGCUCAAUUUGCCAUCACCACCGAAACAAAACCGCCAAGGAGGAGGUUCAAAUUACAUGGAGUUUUUAGAAGUUUUAACAGAGGGUCUAGACCGAGUCCUCAUGGUGAAAGGAUGCGGGCGAGAAGUUGUUACUAUCUAUUCUUAGAAUCGCAGAAGCAUCGAGGGGAGCGUGCUCCAACACAAAGCGUCAAGUGCUAGACAGAUUUCUGUUCUCAUUGGAAACAAAUGGAUCGAACGAAUGCACUUUGACAUGUCGCUUGCUGAUGCCUCAUCUCCAUUUCUCCGCAAUUCUCACCAUUGUUUGGCGAAUUCACGCUCGACUUUGCCGUUUUUGUGUUUUGUUUUUUUUUAUUUCGGUUUUUUUCUUUCACUAUCUUGAAAUCUUUACGUUCCAAGGUUUCUUUCUCAUCGUCGACUUCGACGUUCACUAUUUAUUUAUUUAUCCAAUUUUGUGUGUUUGCGUGAAUGCGUGUGCGGCAUUGUUUCGGUGAUUCUUCUUUUAUGUCCAUUGCUAAUUCAUUUGCCAAUUGCGCAUUACGGGGCAUAGGGUUUUUGGGGAUUAUUAUUGGACACUGGUUGCUUUUUCUCCACCGGUAUUUGUUACGGUGAAUCAUUUGUUUUCUUUUUCUUUUUUCUUUUUUACAUCGACAUUACUAGGAUCAUUAACUCUCUGAGUCGUUAGUUGGACUUAUACUAAUGGUCUAUUGUUAUAAGAAUUUUCGUGGAAAACAUUUCCAUUGGGCAAAAAGGAAAUUCAUGUUUCAUUUCGUUACUUUUUAACAUGAAAAUAGGUUGAUCGUUUCGAAACUGUAAAGGCAUAAUAGGAUGAAAACACUUCAUCGAAUUGAUUCUUCUACAUUAGGAAGCAAAACCAACCCAAAUAUUUCAGAGUUAGGCAAAAAUGCUGAGCUUCACGUGUCGUUAAAAAAAAAUAAUUAAACCCUUCCGAUGAUGAUCUAUCAUGAAAAUGUUCGAUUGGACAAUCUUUUUCUCGAGAGAGAGAUGUGGUAGCGUGAACUGACGUAGCCAUCCACAACCAGACUUAGAGACUGCCGUGGGCAAGAAAAGAAAAAUACCAUUGCAUUAUUCUCUUCUUUGUUCUCCAUCUAAUAUAAAAAGUAGUUUAGGACUUAGAUAAAGGGUAAUUUAUGACUUGGAAGAAGACGAUUUUUUUUUUUUUCUCACUCUUGCACGAUCCGUCACGCACUUGGUGACGAGGCCCCGGCAACAAGGAUACAUCUGCAUUCGUCGGUACGCUAGGGAAACGCCAUUUCAAAUUUAAAAAAUUACAGAAAAUUAAUAGCAGUUAAUACAUUUAAAGAAAAUUGUGUUUCACUCUA